AUGGCAGCCACCUUCUUCCCUCAGGGGAUAGCCCAUCUCAAUGCCGCUGUUGCCCAAGAUAAGGCACAAAAUUACAAGGAGGCCUUGAAGCUCUACGUUCGAUCCCUUGACAAGAACGAGAAGACCAAUGCCAUCAUUCGCACCAAAGCGAAGGAGUACAUGGCCCGUGCUGAGAGGAUCAGGGCUGCCCUCGACUCCGCCGCUGCGUCCGAGGCCUCGAAGCAUAAGGCCGCCCCUCCUACCCAGACGCAGCCAUCGGCUGCGGCCGAGCCUGCGGCAGCAAGUGGGGCCACGGGCCGACUGGCUGGAAGGCAAGCCGACGAAGCUCUACGUUCUGCCCUGGGAGACACGCUGCUGCUCGAGAAGCCCAACCUCGCGUGGGACGACGUGGCCGGGUUGGACCAGGCGCGCAAGACCCUCGAAGAGGCCGUCCUCCUGCCCCAAAAGUUCCCCCAGAUGUUCGUCGGGAAGAGGAAGGCGUGGAAGGGGAUUCUCCUGUACGGCCCGCCCGGUACGGGGAAGAGCUACCUGGCCAAGGUCAUCGCCUCCGUGAGCAACGCCUCCUUCUUCUCCGUCUCCUCGGCCGACCUGGUCUCGAAGUACUUUGGCCAAAGUGAGAAGCUGGUGCGCGAGUUGUUCGUGAUGGCGAUGGAAAAGAAGCCGGCCAUCAUUUUCAUCGACGAGAUCGACGCCAUCUGUGGUAAGCGGUCGGAGGGGCAGCAGGACUCCACCCUGCGCAUGCAGACCGAGUUCCUGACCUGCAUGACCGACAUCGCCGAGGCCGAAGGGGUGCUCGUCAUGGCCGCGACCAACAGGCCGUUCGAUCUGGACCCCGCGGUACGGCGUCGGUUCGAGAAGAGGAUCUACAUCCCGCUCCCCAACGAACAGGCCCGUGCCCAGCUCUUCAAGAAGGACGGCGUGCACCUGAGCGAACAGGAAUUCCAGAGGCUGGCCCAUCGCACGGACGGAUUUUCGGGAUCUGACAUCCAGAACACCUGCCGCGAUGCCUUGAUGCAGCCUGUGCGUGAGUGCCUGCGUGCGCAGUACUGGAGACCUGUGGAGGUUGAGGACGCGCAGGGCCGGGUGAGCCUCCGCUAUGUGCCCUGCGCCGAUCCCGAUGUCGAGGGAGCCGAGCGCCUAGACAUGAUGCAACUAUCGCCUGAGAGCCUCGUCGUGCCCGACGUCGGCCUGGCGUACUUUGAGCAAACGCUGGCCACCAUCAAGCCCUCGGUGGGCCGCGAGGACCUGAAGAUGUACGAGGACUACACCCGCAUGUUCGGCAUGGAAGGCACCACGGCGGGCCUCGAAGAAGAGGAGGAAGACGACGACGAGGUGAUCAUUGUCUCGGCGCCCGGGAAGGGCAAGGAGAAGCUGGUCGAGAUGGAAGUCGACGCGCCGCCGGCCAGCUCCACCAAGAGACGCCGCACUGGUGGCGCUCGCUCGGCCGCGCCGCGUAGGCCCGUUGUCGCCGUGUAG